AUGUGCGCUAAUGCCCACUUCCAGACCGUCUUCUCCCUCAUCAUCAUCAACAAAGCCGGCGGACUGGUCUACCAGCGUGAAUUCCAGCCCGGUCUGCGCAAACUCUCGACAAACGAUUAUCUCGUCCUAGCAGGGACAUUCCACGGCGUCCACGCCAUCACCCGCACCAUCACCCCCAAACUCCCUCUCUCCGCAACAACCCCCCCAGCAGCAGCAGCUUCCUCUUCCUCCUCGAAUACCGUCUCCUCGCCAUCAGGAACAUCUACCCCGACCACAACUACAUCCGCCUACUCCUUCCCCAACCCCGGCAUCCCCCCCUCGGGCAUCGAAUACCUCGAAACAGACAAGUUCCGCCUCACCUGCUUCCAGACCCUGACGGGGACAAAGUUCCUCCUUUUCACGGACCCGCUCACGGUGAAUAUCGAGGUGAUCGUGCGCAAGAUCUACGAGCUGUAUGCCGAUUUUGUCAUGAAGAAUCCGUUUUAUCAGCUGGAGAUGCCGGUGCGGUGUGAGAGUUUCGAUCGGCAUUUGGCUGGGUGGUUGAGGGGGAGGACGUGA